UUUACGUAUUUACAUGCCAAUUUUCAAUCAAAGAUAAAGUCCUAAAUACACCCUUUUACUGGAUGACAUGCAAUAAAAUACCCGUGCUCUAAAAAGAAAAACACUCCAAGAUACUACCCUUUGUAUGUUGAUAUGUUUGUAAUGUAGGACCAGACAGGGGAGCAUCAACUGGAUUCAUUUAGUGUUUUUCAUUUGGAUAAUUAUGCUGGAAUGGAGAGGUCAUUUAUUUGAUUGGAUAUUGCACUGAGAUGGGAAAUACACUCUGGAUAAUUCUCUGAAACGGGUGGUGACUGUGUUGGUGUCAGUCCCGGUGUCACUAUGACUAUGUUCAGAUAGCCCAUAGCAAACCUAACUUCAAACUUGCUCAACCUGUGUCAAUCACAGAAUCGAAUUCGGGCCAUAUUUUCUGCGUGAACAGAAAAUGAGAACAGGCUUGAUAUUCCCAAUAAUUUCUGGAGGUUUAUCCUAGCAGAAACUGACUUUAGAGCUUAUCUUUUUGAAAUGCUAUUACAGAGGUUUUGUCCUAUGUAGCGAUACGCCUCCUGGGCUGUCCAUAGCAGCCUGUUAGAAACUGUUGUACAUAGUCUAUUAUUAUGUUCUGUCUCAGGGUUAGUUGAUGUAGUACGCGUUCAAAUUUGUUGGUUCGAAUGUGUGUGUGCGAAAAAGAAGAGAAGUUGUGGUCUAAUGUGCUUCACUUCAAAAGGAUAGAUACUACUACUACUGGUAGAUUUCUUUUCUGUCUGUGAAGAGAUUUUGAUUUGAGUGAGACUUUUUGAUCCUGUGCCUUUCCCGGUGACGAUUCUAAAAUCACCUGAGGUAGCAAUGGAAUUUGCAGUCAUACUAUGAUUUAUAAUAUCAAUACUAUUACUGCCAUGAUUCAGUGGGACAUUAGUCAAAUCAGUCAGAGGACCUUAUGAUACGGAAAAUUGCGGUGCAGAUGCAGGUGGAGAUGAAUAGGACAAGAUAAAGAAUCGCAUCAUACGUGUUGUGUGUAGACUUUUAUCCAGGAGUGGAUUAACUAACAACAUUGUACUUGUACUCGGUUGAACGACAAAUUGGCAGCAGCAGUUUAGUGGAUGUGCUAGUUCUGUGCUGUGAUUUGUAGGCAACGUAUACAUUUAAGAGCAACUGUAGGAGAUUCAACUUUCAUUUGUUCUUGCAUGUCACUAUGUUCUAGUGGCCCCUAUGGCUUCCAGCAAGGCGCCAAAUCAUGACUUUGCACCAGCUUGGCUGAAGAUACCACCUAACGACAAUAGGCCAUCUGGUGGCAAUCAUAGUGAACGAUGGCAACACAGUCGUAAAGAUGACUCUCAUGGCAGCUAUAACAAAUAUGUUCAAGACUACGUGUACGGACCUUUACCAAGACAGCGAUCAUUUGAAAGCUAUGAUGAUGGCCAUAGACCUCCCGGUCCAACCAAACAGCGGCACCACUCCAUCGACGAUGACUAUUACAACCAGAUGGCAUAUGCAGGUUAUUACAAUGGCUACUACAAUAAUGAAAAUUAUGGCAGCCAUUACCGCUCACAACCGAUGCUGUACCGUCCAGGACCUAGGGAGGGCAAAUAUCAGCAUCCACAUUCUAGAUAUGGACAACAGGUGAAUGGGGGAUUUUCUCCAAACUACUAUGACUAUCAGUAUGACUUCUAUGGAGAUUACUACAAUCCUUACAAUGAGAGGACGGACAAACAGACAAAUGGAAAACAACGCGAUCCUCGCAAGGAACGGCGGCAGUCUGGCGACCUAUCAAAACCCAAGUUGGAUCAGGAUGACGACUUCCCAUCAUUGAAUGGUGAUGUUAUUGAAGGAGAAAAGUCUGGCCAGCAGGGAACGGUUUCUGGAAAUAGUGCCUGGGAAAAUCCACCCAAAGUCCAGAACAAUAUGUCCGACAGUAGGCAGAGUUCCCCAGAUAUUCAAAGCCGUGAGGAAACCAAUGACAAGAAUAGCAGUUCCAUGUACAAAGCUGUGGUUAGUAAGGCAACCCUUUCCAAGAAGAUACAAAAUCGAGAUUCUCCAAAAAUGAAUGGACAGGUGCAACGUGACAAGAAGACUGAGAUACUGCAGAAUAUGCGUAAGAGGGGAAGCCCUGACAUCAACAGCAAUGAUAAGGCACAUCAUGAAAACGGUGAUGGGAAGGAAGAUCUCCGUAGCUCGAUGGAGACUUUGAAGAUAGAUGAAUCUGGCACGGAUCUCCUUUCAAGUUCAUUAGAAGCUGAACAGCGUCUUUUGCGCGAGAUGGGAUGGAAGGAUGAGGAUGACGAGGAGUAUGUUAUCACGGAGGAUGAUAUGAAGGAGUUCAAGAAUUUAUCAGAACAGAUGAAACAGAAUGGUGUUGCCAAACCAACUCUACCAAAAUCCUGGAGUCCCAAGCAUUUAAAUAGUUACGAUAUUCUGCAUGCAGAAGCCGAACUCAAUGACACGUUGUCUAGUGAUUCUGAAUCGGAUAUUGACUAAAGUGUGACAUAUGCAAUGACAACCACAACUUAUUGUUGACGCAAUAGUUCCCCGGAGCGAUGGACUCUUUUAUUGCUACAUGUGAGUUAUGUACAGUGAUGCCGGAAGACUGGGAUUGGACCGUCGGUGUCAGUGAAGUUCAUCUCCCAUGGUAGGGAGGCAUGUGAUUCUUUGUGAUUAUGUUUUCAGAUAAGGCCACAUCUUUUGUAUAUCUUGGUUUACUGGAACAAGUGCCUAAAACUUUUAAAAGUACUACAAAUAUCAUUGAGACAAAUAUUAGAAGUGAAAUUGUUACAAGGCACUUUCACAAUUCCUCUGUAUGUAUUUUAGACUAUCUAUUUAGAAGUAUCAUUUUAGCAUUGUUAAGUUGAUUUGUAACCUGAACGUAUUAGAAUAUUCCUUAGCGAGUAUGAAGCUUAAAAACCUCGGAAUUCAAAUGUUACUUUUCCCAACACUGUUAUGCUUUUGAAGUCCCAAAAUUCAAGUUGACUUUCCCGUAAACCAAGAAAUAAAAACCAUGUGACCACAUGGCUCUUGUUGAGUAACCAGCGAUUUAGUUUAUGACAGAUGGUUCAAGAAGCUUUGUAUUGCAGUUCAGUGGAUUAUUUGUUUUCUUUGUGUAAGCUUGGGGCGUGCACACUUGUUAGGGACAAGAGCAUUCUUUGAUACGAAAAGGACCCUGUUCUUUCUGUGUUGAUCUUCUGCUUGUAAUCCAAAUGAAUUUACGAGGACUGUGGCCAAUUGUUUGAUAGUAAUGGUGCAAGACCUCCUGUAUAAGGAUUAAUAAUACUCGGAGCUAAUUGAAAUCUGCUGGAGUAAGACUACCAGUGUCCAAUCAUUACAUGGACUCAAAGAGCCACCCCAUACUACAGAAGGGAUUUACUACAUGUAUGAAAUAACAUGCACCUUCGACAAAUCAUGAUCUGGUCAAAUUGGGCUCAUUCAUUAUCAGUAGAUUUUAGUUUUGAGGAGGCAUUGGCCACAAUCCUUCAGAAGCAACUUGCUGUUGAUAUGUGUCAUAAAACAUUUUCCGAAAUAUCAUGUUCUGUAUUAAUUGCAA